ACACAGGUAAGUAUAUCCGGUGAUUUUAAUCCGAAAUCAUCAGCAUUGAAAACUUCCUGGUUAGCACAAAAGCUUCCUUGAAAAAUGGAGACAAACGAGAAUCUGGAUUGCACGAACUGUUCUCAGUUGAAGCAAAUAAAGGCUUUAUCCAGGCAAGUUCUGAAGAAGUAUGAUGAGCUGUUGCAAAAGUAUAAAGAAAAUGAGGAUCAAUAUAAUGAGGUAGUCCAACGACUCAAGGAACGAGAAGGUAUGUUAGAAGACAUGAAGAAAUUAAUUGAACCGGCGAUGUCAGAGCACGAAAGACUUAUGGUAAAGUAUGAUAUUGAAAUUGGCUGUAGAAACGAGGCUGAAAAUGUUGCUCGAAAAAUGACAUUUCAAAACAAGGCAUUGAAACGUCAGUCACAGGCCCUACUUGAUCAUAUAGGGAAAAUUGACAUCACUCAGAUCCCCGCUGAAAUCUUAGAGGAACCAACAGAGGUAGACAAUGAUUCUUACAAGGAGUAUACUGACAAGCUUAACACUACAAUACAAGAUCUAGAGGAAAAGGUAUCGUACUAUGCCACAGCUCUUGCCGGAAGCAGAGAAGAAUUGAGUACAGAACGUGAGGAUAACAUCAGGUUGAAAAAGAAGAACGAUAACUUGAAACAAAGUCUUCGCCAGACUGAAAAUACAUUGCUUCAAUAUCAAAAUGCAAUGGUAGAAUUGACAUCUAUGUCCGAAUCUGCAUAUGAGGAGUAUGAAGACUUAAAGAACAAAUGUGAAAUCGAAGCGAAUAAGAGGAGUGAAACCGAGAAGGUCAUGCUUAAAAUCAAAGCUCAGAAUGAAGCAAUGAAAACCCAAAGUACCAUCUUGUUGUCCAAUGUAGCUAAUGAUCAACAAUUGACCAACGCUUUGUGUGAAGUAGAAGAACUCAAGACGGACAAAACAAAUUUGGAACAACAAGUGGAUGACCUCCAGAAAGAAUUGGAGAGUUUAUCUGAUGCAAAAACGAUAGAAGAACUGGAAACCGAGAAAUCUAAUCUUUCAAGUCAAGUUGAUGAUUUGACUAAAAAGGUAACAAAUUAUGAAAACAUAUAUGCAAAACUUGAAACACAAUAUAAAGAACUUGAAGGGAAACUAGAACUUGCUCUGAGACCUCCUCCACCGCCACCUCCUCCUCUUCCCCCUCCUCCACCGACUGCGCAAUCAAAAGGAUUUUUGUCGAAAAUAGGAAGUAAAAAGAAGAGGGCAAACAUGCCCAACCAAGCCAAUGCAGCAGAUUUUGAUCAACAAAGCUAUGGACAAGCCCUGGAUGAAAUGAUGAAAAGAAUCAAUUCAGGGAAUGCCCUGUCAAAAACAUUGCGAUCUACGAAACCAAGGCCGUCAGCCUCUAAAACAGAACAGUCUGGAGCUAUGAAAGAAUUACACAGUGUACUAAAUCGCUAUAAGAAAUCUCAUGAUGAAAGUGAUGGGGCUCCCAAAGAUUCGGUUAGCUCAAUAGAUCCAAAUUCAGAACUAUCUAAAGUCUUUAACAGAGUGAAGAAAGCAAGUAAAGACGACACAAAUGAUGUGUUUACUAAAUAACAGUUUAAAUUAUGACACAUUAUCAAAGCCAAUUUUACCAUGUAUCAAGCUUUAACACGCUUCUAUGUCAGAUUAUAUACUUUUAUUGAAAUACCAACCUCUAACUCAUUGCAUUUAUUUGGUAUUAAAAACUCUUCAAAUUUAAA